AUGCUUCUCAUUGUCUUAUGUUCCCUUCUAGGGAGUGUGGUCGCAUCAACCAAUUCCUCGUGCAAGGCCACGACCCUGCACCUGCGCGACGCCCCGUACGAGAACUAUUUUUACUCGGAUUGCCAUGUCGAUGCCCAGACUGUCAUCACAAGCCCACUACCCGAAAGUGAUCUGUCAAUCAUCGGACCGCGUCUUAUUGUAGCUUGGCCUGGCGGCAACAGCGGCGUGUGCGCAUUCUUUGCGCCUCAGAACGGCAAAAAUGGCAGUCUAGCUAUUGAACUCGUCAACUCGACACUGGGUGCUCCAUUGUCGUCAUUUACGCAGAACACAUCUUCCAAUAUUCCAACUACUGGCAUCGAGGGAGUCUUGUCAUUCAACAGCUCUGCCUCUUUGUCACUAGCCAUUCUUGGCAGUGUCAGAACCAUUCGUGACUUUGUGGAAGGCCCGAGCCUCCUCACGCCGUUAAUCCAGGAUGCGAUAAAAGUCCAACGCUUCAAUAAAACCGGUGCGCAGAUCUCUCGCUUGUGGCUAGACAAUGUCACUACAACGACCCUCACACUCUCGCCCUGGCAGAACGCGGACGGACAGGUCCACGUCGACAACAAGACUGUCAAGUUCGGAGCCGGCUUCUAUCGAUUCUCUGCAACUUUCGACUAUCCGCAGCUGGUGCAACUCAAACCAAAAGACAUUUUGCACAACGAUUCAAUGUCGCUUGUCAAGACAGAGCCUGAACAGAUUGACGCUUUAUCGUUCUUCUCAUACUCGGAUAAGCUCCUCGCCGGUGGCUGGCGCUUUCUCACAUAUUUUGGAAGAGAUAGCAUGAUUUCCGCGCUAUUGUUACAGCCCAUUCUCAAAACUGGCCCCGGAUCAGCAAUGGAAGCGGUUCUUGGCGCAGCAUUAGAGCGCAUCAACAAGACUGAUGGGACUGUGGCACAUGAAGAGACUAUUGGCGACUAUGCUACUUUUACCAAUAGGCAAAAUGGCAUUUUCGACUCGACAGCGGCCGGUUUUACCUAUCAAAUGAUUGAUACGGAUUACUAUUUACCAGUCCUCAUGGACAGGUAUUUCCAGGGUUCCCCCGACCGUGUGCAGCCACUGUUGAAGACCAAGGCCGGCAAAGUAAACGUGGCAAACAAAGAUAUGAGCUGGGGAGACUUGGGCCACAGGCUUGCGUCCAAGAUUAUGAACAUCACGGAGGCGUUUGAAAAGGAGCAGACAGCAGCAAAUCUGAUACAUUUGCUAGAUGGAGUUCCUGUUGGGCAGUGGCGAGACUCUGAACGUGGUCUGGCGAACGGUCGUAUUCCAUUUGAUGUCAACUGCGCACUGGUACCAGCGGCCCUUCGUGCUAUUGCCAGCUUGUCAGCCAUUUCUGGUGUGUUCCCAAAUAAUGAUGCGCAAAUGUGGCGGGCAUCAGCAGAAAAACGAGCAGACGUCUGGCAAAACAAGACGCUGCCGUUCUUCAAAUAUAGCGACUCUGUCAGGAACAGCACAGCAUUUUUGGACAACUAUGCCAAGGAGAAUACAUUUUAUAACGGCCCAACACACGCGGACUCCAUGGCAAACUACUCCUCUGGCGACUCAAUUGUUGACUACGGACUCGCUUUACCAAGUGCCAAUCAGUCAGCCCCCAUUCGAAUCACGCACACUGACACUGCUUUCCGCAAUGUGCUACUCUUCAAUACGACAGAUGACGACAAUCAGCUCACUGAUUUUAUUAAUUCUACUGCCAAUGCAAUUUUGCGCCCCUUCCCUGCCGGACUCACUACUCCUAUCGGUGUCGUCGUGGCUAACCCAGCACUCUCAGGAGACGCCGCGUUUAUCGCCAACUUUACCAACUCAGCGUACCAUGGCACUGUGAUCUGGGGCUGGCAGCUUGCUUUUGUUGCGAAGGGAUUCGAACUGCAGCUGGGUCGAUGCAGCAAUACAACAACCGGUAAAUCGAAGCGAUCGGCUGCAAAGGCGGCUGCAUUCUGCAGAGACAAAUACGUCUACGGCGCGCUCAAAGCGGCCUAUAAUCGCAUUUGGGACGUGAUUGAAGACAACAAGGACACAUUGCAGUCGGAAGUUUGGAGCUGGACCUACUCCAGAAAUGCGACUGGUCGGGAUGGGUUCAAGUAUUCGCCGCUCGGAGUGCUGCCACCGCCUCCAGGCGCAGGUAGCGGUACGGAGAGCGAUGUCAGGCAGCUUUGGAGUCUGGUCUUUCUGGCGAUGAGUCGCGAUACUCUCUACAAGGAUUAG